GAUGGCUCCAGGCACGGCCACCUCCUCCACGCUGCCGUAGGCUCCGGCGCCGAUUCUGAUGCCAGUGAGUCGCACGUUGGGGAGGACGAACGGCCGCAGCUCUGGAUACUCGGCGAGAAGGCCUUCCGCGGCCAUUUCUCGUGCUGUGGGUCACGACAGUCUGAUCUUGCUGGUCUCUCAGUAGCCACGGUUCAAGAUGAAGAUGACGACCAGGGCCCCAGCUCUCUGCGCUGGGUCCGGGUGUGUGUGUGUGUGUGGGUCGCGCCCCAAAAAUGUUAUAACAACGUGCGCAUGCGUGCGUCCUGUUAGUGGGAAUGCUGAUUGAUACACAGAACGAAGAUGAACCACCAUUGUCAUCCACCCAGCUCAGGUGCCAGUGGUUCAGGAAGCCUUCUCUCCCAGUGAGGAGAGGGUGGAGUGGGCCUCACGUCUCAUUUCUUCCUUCAACCACCACCAACACUCUGGACAGGGGGCAUUUGUGUACGAAGGUCACAUGAUUGACAGACCGCUACUACUGCAGGCCCAGUCUCCAUGGCAACGUCCUUAACCAAUCUUCAAUUCAUUUUGUGUGCAGAAGUUAUGGAAGAAUAUUAUUGUAACAGCCAGCGCAUAAUAAGAAUUCAACUUGUUAUAAUUAUACUGUA